AUGUUGUGGUGGGAGAUGAAGCAGGUCACAGGGAGUGACGUGUAUAUGCACUUCUGGCGCCAGUUCCGCUCCAAGUGGGCACGGGUGCUACGAUUCUUACCACCCACAGAUCACUCAGCAUGCGAUGACUGCGUCGCAUACAAGGAACUUUUUGCAGAGGCAAGAGAUGAUGCAACACGGUUGGAUCUGGCAAGAGGGUACAAAGCCCAUCUUGACCAUAUCCGAGAAGAUCGAGCGUUAGAGGAAUAUCUCCAGAAACUGGGGCCAUUAAAUGCACCUCAGGGCCAGGGAUCAUGCAUGAUGAUCCACAUAGAUGGAAUGGAUCAGGCCAAAUGGGCUAUUCCAAGGCAAAAAAAAGCACUGGUGGCUAAGAGUCUGUCAGGCUUUCAGAAGCCAAGGUUCAAGGUGGAGGGUGUUUGGGUACACAAUGCCUUGUUGGCAUUGUGGAUCGUCGAUAGCCGGGUACCAAGUGACUCCUCCAUGGUGAUAGAGACACUAUCACGAUCCAUACAAUUGGUGGCGACUGAAUGUGAGAGACGAGGGAAGGACUUCCCACAGCAACUUUGCGUGUGGGCGGACAAUUGCGUUCGGGAGGCAAAGAAUGCCAUGGUGAUCAAAUUUUUAUCCAUGCUGCUGACACAGACUCCUUUGAACCUGACCUCGUUGCUAUUCAGCAAACGAGGUCACACACACACAAUGCCCUUGGACACUUGGUAUAACAAUGGGAAACCUGUUGACACUGAAUGGCAGGGGUUACAUGAUGUUAUCAUGAUGUUACAUGCUUUGGUUUGUUUCUAG